AUGGCUGCCCAUCCCACGCGCCUCUGGCGCAAGGCCGCCGUCGUCGCGGCGGCCGUCGUCUUCCUCAGCACGCUGGCCUGGGUGAGCGUCGUGGAGCUGCCGGACCGCAUCGACGACGGGCGGGCGGAGCUCGCGGCGUCGGAGUGCGAGGCGACGGCGAGCGUGCUCAUGGGCUACGCGAACAUGCUCGUGUCGACGACGCGCAUGUUCGCCCAGGGCUGGGUCGGCGCGUUCGACGAGGGCAGCGCGGGCUGGCGAAGCGUCGUCUUCCCCGCGAGCGCCGCGGAGGCCGCGGGGCCGCGACACAAGGCCCUGGCCGCGGCGCCCCACGCGACGAUGACGUCGAACUUCAUUUUGUCCGGCAUCGACCAUGCCGACGACGACGGGGCCGCGUACCUGCCGCGGACCGUGCCGCCGCUCCGGGUCACGGUGCACCUUGCGCCGCUCGUGUCGCGCGCGGACCGCGGCCUCUGGGAGGCGGCCUGGAAUGCGCCCGUCGUCGACAUGUACACGGCCAACACAACACACCGCAACGCGAGCACCGUCGCGCCCGUGACGCACAGCUGGCACUUCGACGGGCUGUCGUUCGCGCUUCCCGACGCGGCCGUCGCGGCCUUCGGCGGCGAC